UUUACACACACAAUCACAGAGAACAAACACAGCCUCUCCCUCUCCUGGAACAGUCUGCUGGUUUCGCUCAGCUGUACAAGAGCCCUGCAUGAUGUCUGAAGAAAUCCCAGAAGCUUUUAAAAGCAUCCGCAGGAAACCUGGGCUGCAGAUAUGGACUAUAAAUAAAAUGGAAAUGGUCCCUGUCCCUCAGCAAGCCUAUGGGAAUUUCUUUGAGGGAGACUGCUAUAUAGUGCUUUAUGAGAGCAAUGACUCCACCCACUCCGUGGACAUCCACUACUGGAUCGGGAACGCCUCCUCGCAGGACGAGCAGGGGGCAGCGGCCAUCUAUGUCACCCAGCUGGAUGAGUUCCUAGGGGGCAGUCCAAUCCAGCACAGGGAGGUGCAGGGCUGCGAGUCCUCAAAGUUUCAGAGUUAUUUCAAGAACGGCAUUGUGUAUAAGAAAGGGGGGGUGGCGUCAGGGUUCCAACACGUCGAGACCAAUGUGUACAACAUCCGGCGUCUGCUGCACAUCAAAGGGAGUAAGCAUGUCAAGGCCACAGAGGUAGAGGUCUCCUGGAACAGUUUCAACACUGGAGACAUAUUCCUGCUUGACCUGGGGAAGGUGAUUGUGCAGUGGAAUGGCCCUCAAAGCAACAGACGAGAGAAGCUGAAGGCAGUGCUUCUGGCCCAGGACAUUCGUGACAGGGAGCGUGGCGGGCGGGCGCAGAUCGGGGUGGUGGAGGGUGGAGACGAGGGGGACUCCCCGGAGCUGAUGAAGAUCAUGAGGGCAGUGCUGGGUCAGAGGGAAGGGCAGCUGAAGGAGGCCGUCCCUGACGACAAGCCAGACCUCUACCAGACCGCCAAUGUCAGGCUCUACCAUGUCUCGGAUGCCAGUGGAAGCCUGGUGGUCCAGGAGGUGGCCACACAGCCACUGACUCAGGACCUGCUCUGCUCCUCGGACUGCUACAUUGUGGACCAGGGCGGAGCCUGUAUCUCGGUGUGGAAGGGAAAAGACGCCUCCAUGGAGGAGCGGCGCUCAGCUUUGGGAAGGGCAGUGGGCUUCAUCAAGGCAAAGAACUACCCCUCUACCACCAAAGUAGAGGUGAUGACCGAGGGCGGGGAGUCAGCCAUGUUUAAACACCUCUUUAAGUCCUGGAGAGAGAAAGGGCAGACUCAGGGCCUAGGAAAGACCUACUCCAUGGGAAAGAUUGCUAAAGUGAGCCAGGACAAGUUUGACGUGAUGGAGCUCCACGCCCGCCCUGAGCUGGCCGCCCAGCAGCGUAUGGUGGACGACGCCUCCGGAGAGGUGCAGGUGUGGCGCAUUGAGGACCUGGAGCUGCGGGAGCUUCACCCUAGCUCUUACGGCCAGUUCUACGGAGGAGACUGUUACCUAGUGCUGUACACCUACAAGAGGUCCAAUCAACUGCAGUAUAUCCUCUACAUGUGGCUGGGGCGCCAUGCCACCCAGGAUGAGAUCACUGCCUGCGCCUACCAGGCCGUCAAUUUGGAUAACAAGUAUAACGGGGCACCCGUCCAGGUCAGAGUGACCAUGGGAAAGGAGCCACGUCACUUCCUGGCCAUUUUCAAGGGGAGGCUCAUCAUCUUUGAGGGUGGGACAGGACGACCUGGAGUGGUGAACCCUGACCCCGGGGCCAGGCUGUUCCAGGUGCGAGGGGCGCAUGAGUUAAACACCAAGGCCACGGAGGUCCCUGCCCGCGCCUCCUCCCUCAACGCCAACGACGUCUUUCUGCUCAAGACUGACCGGGUCUGCUACCUGUGGUAUGGGAAGGGAUGCAGCGGGGAUGAGAGGGAGAUGGCAAAGUAUGUGGCCGACAUCCUCUCCAAGCAGGACAAGCAGGUCGUGAUGGAGGGACAGGAGCCAGCAGAGUUUUGGGUGGCGCUGGGGGGGAAGGCUCCCUAUGCCAGCGAUAAGAGGUUCCAGCAGGAGCAGCCGCUCCACAGUCCUCGGCUGUUUGAGUGCUCCAACCAGACAGGCCGCUUCCUGAUGACAGAGAUCGAGGACUUCGCCCAGGAGGACUUGGACGAGGACGACGUUAUGCUUCUGGAUACCUGGGAGGAGAUCUUCCUGUGGAUUGGUAGGUCAGCCAACGAUUUUGAAACCAAGGAAGCGUGUACAAGCGCGGUGGAGUACCUGAAGACUCACCCAGCGCACAGGGACCCGGGCACGCCCAUCAUCACUGUCAAGCAGGGCUAUGAGCCGCCCACCUUCACUGGCUGGUUCAAUGCCUGGGACCCCCAUAAGUGGAGCGGUGGCAGCUCAUACGAGGAAAUGAAAAAUAAGCUUGGAGAUGUUGCAUCCAUUUCACAGAUAACUGUUAAUCUGAACAAUGCAGAUCUGAACCAGAAGAAUGGGAAUGGCGGUGGAUACAGUGCCCCAGGAGGACCAGUCAGCUCAAAGCUGCGUGUUUCUGUGGCAUCCUACAAGACCAAUGAGGGCCAGCUUUCCAACUCCAAUGCAGGAGCCACCAUCUCCUCUGGGGGCAACAAUUCAUGUAUGGCCCCAGAAAUGCUGCUCAACAAGACCCCAGAAGAGUUGCCCAUGGGAGUUGAUCCAGGCAAGAAGGAGGAGUACCUGUCUGAUGCAGAUUUUGAGGCUCUGCUCGGUUCCUCGCGGCCUGAUUUCUAUCGUCUGCCCAAAUGGAGGCAGAAUCACCUGAAGAAGGAGGCAGGGCUCUUCUGAGAGGAGGGAGCCACAUUUUUUUCAAUAACAUGAGGAGCUAAAUGAUUUGUCUACAUCAGUUUGCUAAGGUUUACCCACCCUUGUCCUAAAGAGCAAGACUAUGUGAACAUGCAUUUCAGCAACACAAUUCUGCACUUUUAAAAUUGAGCAGAAAACCCAUUCUCUCAGCUCUCUAAGACAAGUGUUGAGACCCAGGGAAACUGAGGGAUAUUUUUUUCUCUAUAGUAUAUUAUUUGUUAAAAUAUAUAACACAUUCCUAUAAAUAUUGAAGACCAUAAAAUUGUAA